AUGGGAGACAUUUCAUCUCCGCAGACUACUUCUACGCAAAUGGCUGAGCAACCAGCCGACAAAAUCACAACCUCAGGACUGGACGCCUCCACCCAAAAGUCUUCUCCAGCAGCAGUAUCCUCGCGCCGGCAUCCUCCCAUUCUUCGACAAUCUUCGUAUGGACAAACUGGUCCGCCUUUUCCUGAACAAUUCGACAGAAGAAACGUUGCCUCACCCCCAAUAGGCGAUUCUGGGCCUUUCAACAUGGCACCGAUGGCUAGUGCACUGCCUCACGGAGGCUACCAACACCCAGCUCCUCCAGGGGUUUAUCGGCAGUACAGCCAGCAGACUUCGCCGCCAGUCAUGCAGCACAUGCCUCACAACCCGUACGCCAGCCAUCAUCCCGCAUCAAUGAUGCUUCCGGGCUAUUACAUGCAGCAGCCACAAAUGCAUCAAUAUUACGCGGCAAACGGUCCCCCAGGUCACCACGCACCGCACUCGAUGCAAGGUCGAGACAAUUCUGGCUACUAUCCAGUGCCAUUCGUCAUGGACCACCCGCAAUCUCCUGGAUAUUACCCGCAACCACCUCAGUUCCCUGAGCCUAGUCGUCAGCGACCCGACUACAUGAUGAACCGGCAAAACAGCCAAGGACACAUUCCACAUGAAGGCAGGAAUCCACCUCGAAGACCGUCAAACAGGACAACCCGAUCUUUUCGAGAUCAGACACCACCAUCAGUUGACACCAAACGUCAACAACAAAACAUGGUCCGUGGACCACCACGCAAACCUCAUCAAAGUGGCCACGCCAUAUGGAUUGGAAACCUCCCACCACAGACUGAGCUGAUGGACCUUGUGCAUCACGUUUGCGAACUAGCUCCAGGACUUCAGUCCCUGUUUUUGAUUUCCAAGAGCAACUGUGCGUUUGCAAACUUCAAAGAGGAGAUAACCUCUGUUGAAGCUCAAAAGGCUAUUCAUGAAUCCAAGUUCCAGUCAGUGCGAUUGGUAUGUCGACUUCGAAAGAACACCGCGGAAGCAACAGCAGAGAGCCCGAUCGUCAUUGCUGCUGGAACAAGCAACCCUUCAUCGCCGACACUUGCCGACGACCCACCUGAAGAUGCCAAAUCCCCUACAUUGGAAAAGCUGGACCCCCUUGAAGCCUCUGUUGUACGAAUGGACCGAAAGGAUGCCAACGGAAACGCCCACCGAGAUCGAUUCUUCGUUCUUAAGAGCCUCACCCGCGAAGAUCUAGAGCAGAGCGUCAAAACUAGCAUCUGGGCUACUCAGUCACAUAACGAGAAACUUUUGAACAAUGCCUUUCAGACCACUGACAACGUCUACCUGGUAUUUUCGGCCAACAAGUCUGGAGAGUAUUUCGGAUUUGCUAGAAUGACGUCGGAAAUCAAUCAAGAUCCAGACGCCGCAAUUCAAUUCGCGCCGCAAAACCAAACAGCCGACGAAAGCGACCUACCACAAGCCGUCACGACUGAAGCGAAAGAUGGCAUUCCAAAGGGCCGCAUCAUUGACGACUCUGCGCGAGGAACAAUGUUUUGGGAAAUUGAGGGGAAUGAAAAUGAGGGCGAUUUUGAGGACGAGACCGACACUCCGAGCAACAAGGAAGCAGAAGAGGCGGACGAGGAUAUGCAGACACGGGGUAAACCGUUUAACCUCCAGUGGCUCUCCAUUGCCCCGUUGCCAUUUUACCGGACCCGAGGACUACGCAAUCCUUGGAACUCGAACCGCGAAGUCAAAAUCGCCAGGGAUGGAACAGAGCUCGAGCCUUCAGUUGGGCGCCGGCUGAUUAGCUUAAUGAAUCACAGCUCUAACCCUGGGCAGCCGUCACGUUUUCCGAACGACCCGAGGGGUGCUCCUGCAUUCUUUGACACUGGAGGGCGUCAAUAA